AUGAUUUCCGAUGCUGAUUUGAGUAAACUUUGCUAUGUUCCAAGAGGAAAGUCAAAGGAUUAUAUUUGUGUUGGUGAAGCUUACUACUUCCCAUUGUACAGAGAUUUGCCUGUCCACUAUACUCCAUCAUCUCCAAGUUUGUUGUAUAUUGAAGUUCCAGACAAGUCUGGUAAGGAAAGUCAACCAAAAAUUCUCUAUCAAAUAGCACCAUUUGUUCCUCCAAUGUUUUGGAUCCCAUUGAAACCUUCCAUUGACUCUUUGAAUAGACUCUUUGAAGAAAUUAUGGAAAUUGAAAGUAGUAAUGUUUCUAGACAUUUGGAUUAUCAAGAAGAUUUACUUGCUAAAAUUGGUUUUAAUGUGGAGAAAUUGAAAGAAAUGGAUCCAACAGCCAAGACAACUGAAAAGGAAUAUAAUGAUUUACAUGCCAAAUUCUUGGACUAUAUCAAUAAGACUUUGGAUCCAAACAAGUUGGAAUUUAAGGAAAGAGUUUUACAGGAAUACCCAAAUACUGUUUCUCUCUUUUUGGGUAAUGUAUCUGCCCUUGAAGACUUGGAACAAACAUUUAUGAAUAGUCCAUUUGUUUUCAAUACUCCUAUUGUUUUAGGUAGUGGCAAUAGAUUUUUAGCCAGUGAGAGUAUCCAAAGAAGCAUGUUCCACACAGUCUUUUCCAGAUCCUUGAUUAUUAUUGAAGCUCGUUAUGAUUUACACGUUGAUUUUGGUAGCAAUUCUGCCGAUAGACUAAUUCCAAUCUUUGCCAGAAUUCACUAUCCAACCAAUCAAAGACUUUCCAAACCAUGCACAGACAGAAUGAACAAAGUAUUUGAUUGCCACUUCCCAUCAGAUAUGCCAAUUGAUGUUUGCCUUGCUCUGUUCGGACAAAAGAAUACCAAUGCUGAAUCUAUUGCUGCUGAAUUGAUGAGAAUUGUUAAGGAAGACGAAGAAUUAAUCAAGUCAGGUGCUUUGGAUCAAGAAGAUUUGAAUAGUUUAUUCAAUCCUUCAAUUCCAAUUGCUCACUUGUCUGUAUUGCAGUAUGACAAGUGGCCAUCUGAAAUUUUUGAAAAAUUCAAAAACCAUCCUCUUCCAAUUGUAAGAAUUGCAUGUGUUAAGGGAUGCGUAGAAUUCUUAAUGUUAGAGAAACUGAAAGAAAUGCAACAAGUUGAACAACAUCAUGAAGUUCUCCAAUACAUUAAUGAAUCAAUUGCUCGUCUCGAAAAGAAGAUUGAACUUUUAAAGAUGAAGAAACAAUACGAAGACGAAGAAAUUGAAUUAAAGAAGAAACAACAAGAAAAGGAAGAACAAGCAAUUCUCGAUCAAGUUGAAAAAGACAUGAAAUAA